AUGAACCCACCGAAUAGACCUGGAAUUCCUGUUCCAUCAGCAAUAGUUACAGGAAAUCAAUAUUUUCUUAUUACUAUAACAAAUUAUCCAAAUCUAUUGCAGCGUACAUUGCAAUAUCAACAGUCACCAAAUCAGCAAUGGCAACUACGCUUGCGAGGUGCUGUGUUAAUACCAAAUGUUCCAAUUCAUUUUGGUAUAGCUCAUACCGAAGAACAUGAAACAAUAUUAUAUAAUACAUUACGAUUCGAAUUAGAAGAAUGU